AUGGACGAUUCGGAUCCCGUCAUCGCAUCCUACGAUGUAUACCUCACCGAUUCCGAAAUCUCUCGGUUCGUUCUUCAAUAUCUCGACCGAUCAGCUGAACUCCCCUACGACGAGGGCCACGACCAAAAACCCACAUCGUUCCGCUUAAAACCGAAGACCGGGCUCGUCGAGGUCGACGUGCCCAUCCAAACGCGCGUGAACUACGAUGUCAGUAAAGGCUUGCGGUAUGGGGAUGCCGUCAAGAGAAGCCGCAGCGCGCGGGAAGGGGGCGCAUAUGGGCUGGCUGGGGGGUUCAGCUCGGGCACCUCGAGCGGUGGCAAGGUGAAGAUGGAGGGCGCUGGGGAUGUCGAAAUGGGCGGGAUGGAGGGUAAGGACGGGUCGGAUAUCUUGCGGGUGCAGACGCUGGGAGGUCGGAUUAAGGGUCCUGAGGAUGGGGAUCCGGUAUACAUGCUUGCUGCCUUCCGUGGACAAAAUUUACAUCUUUCGCCGGUUUCUGCAGUUGUUCAGAUGCAUCCGCAGCUCCACCAUGUUGACGCGUUGGAUGAGAUACCUACCAAGGGGAGGGGGAAGGCCCGGAAGGAAGGUGAGGAAGAGCAGCAGACCGAAGCUCGUGCGAUCGAUGUGAAGGUCAAGGCCGCCGAAGAUGCAGAGGCUGCCAUGGUUGCGGGCAACCUGGAACUUCUCAAGAAAAUGCAAGAUGAGAAGUGGACUUCAUAUGAAUGGGUGGAUGCAGAGACCGAAGAAGCUUGGGAAACAUACGAGGGCUAUAUGAUUCAGCAGGAUAUGGAGAAUGUCCCGCAGCUCGAGGCUGCCAUCGACAGCGAAGAUUAUCUUGACAAAAUGAGCGCACCACGUAUUGAUCCAGCUCGACCCGAGAUGACUGGUUGGGCGAUGAAGCAGAAUCGGAAGAGGCAGAAGGAGCAGUCUGGUGCCGUCGAGAAUGACACACAAGGGUAA